UACAGGUGCGACCCUGAUGGCCUAAACACAAGUGCCUCUUUACUGACAGCACAGCGCACUGGACACUCCCCCUUUGUUAUUUGGAUGCCUCCACCGAACGGCCGGUGCUACAUUUAGUUUGGGUGGCCGGGUGAGUGCGCGUCCCCAUGUGACACACUAUGUGUAAGUGUAAGAGACUCAGAGCAAUGAGAGAGCGACCUUCCUCCCCCCCCACACACACGCGCGGCUGCUCAAGUGCUCAUUUAAGAGAAGUUUCCCGUAGCUGAGGCGACAGAUCGGAUCCCAGCGGAAGGCAGGAGCUGCUCCAAUGUAAAGGGGAGGCUGCUGCCCAUAUAUCUCCUCAGUGCGGGACGGGAGUUUACAGCAGCAGCAGCACAACUGGCGGGGAAAUUGCUCGCACACUGGAACGCCGGUGCCACCUGAAGGCUAAACAUGGGAGCAUUUGCGCUUUCUUCUAAUUCCUUCAAUUCUGCAGAGGGAUUCUGACCGCCGACCCCAUCAAAGUAUUAUCAGUGCUGGGUGGUCCGUUCAGGCUCCUCCUGUAUUUUUGGGGGGAGGUAGGGGGCAGUUGGCGCUGGUUUUGCACCUGCAUCAGUGGGACUGGGACUGUGCUUGUCUGAUGGACUGUGAGCCCAAACACACCGGCAACACACACACCGGCAACACAGACAUGCCACUGGCAUUCCUCCUCUGCCCCAGGCACCUUCUCUGGAUCCUCCUAGCUUCUCCCUUAAUGGCUGUUGACGGUUGUAAUGAGGCAUUGUACGGCCAUGUCAUGAACGAAUUCUGUUUACAACAUUUCGAGAUAGUAAUGGAAGAGCUGGGAAAGAAGCUGUGGUGUGACUGGGGAGAGACAGCAGGGAUCUAUGCUGAUCUCACAAACUGUACAGUUAUUUUGGCUGAAAGUCUGGAUUGUUUCUGGCCUAACCACAUGGUGGAUAAUUUCUUUAUCGUUAUUCACAAGAAGUACUUCAGCAGCUGCUCACUUACAGGACGCCUUCCGGCCGACCCUCCAUUCCCCAUUCUUUGUUCCUUCAUCUUUGUGCCUGUCCUCAUUACCCUGCUGAUAACGGCACUGGUGGUGUGGAGGAGCAAACGGAGUGAAGGGAUUGUCUGACAGGCAUGGCACUUAUUCCCACUCUCAGUCUCAAGUCCACCCCCUUCCUAAAAGCUUGGAGAAGGAAAUCAGGCCCAAUUCUUCAGUCUGUAAUACAGAGAAAGUCUUCAGGCUUUGCAUUUAGCAAACAAGAAAAAUCCUGUCUGAAAUAUCAAAGAUGCCCUUACUCAGUACAGUACUUGCUUUGGGAUCAGUUCUGCACAGCUGGGUUUUGACGGGAAGCCGGGACUUAAAACCAGCAGGCUGUCACUGUAGUGCACAUCCACAAGAAUCACGGAGCUUAAAGAGGUUAUGUUUGCUGAAAUAAAAUGCUGCAUAUGGAAAUUAAGAGUAGCCUGCUUGACCUUAAACAUUGUGCAUAUUUCAACAUUACAUUGUGCAUAUCUUGGCCUGCUCACUGGACACUUUUGUUCCCAUAGGAUAAAAUGAGCUCAGUGGAGACGGCCAUGUUAGCUGUAGCUCAGUACAAAUCUGGAAACCUUUGAGCCAUGGACCACUUUAUAAGUUUGCCUAUAAUGGAAAGGGUAAUUGAUUACCUAGGCCUGUCAGGGCUCUAUGUUCAUAGCAGUCUAUAGAAUGCAACAGGAGCCACGGACUUAUGCGCAGAUACUUGUCCAGGUGGAAAUAAAAUUAUAUCACAGGACACUUUGCACCUGCUAGAGUGCUUCCCCCAUACCUAACCAAAAUAGGUGCCAAUUCAUGCAGCUUGGGCCGGCGACCAGAUUUGUCCAUUUGGACAUGGCAGGAAAACUUGCUUUUUGUUGGACAGAGAUGAAAAUAAUAUAACUGGCUUUUCUUGUCUCUUAUUUAUCAAUAUCUUCUGUUCCAAAUAGGCUCAGUUCAUCAUUACUCUUAAACUAGAAUGGCCAGCUGGCCGUGUAAUAGCACAAUUCAUACAUUUAACUAAAAUAGAAAUCUCUAUCCAGCGGCCCUCCAGCUGUCAGAGAAACAGUGGCUUAUUUCUGACUGUAUCUGCUUUAUUGUAUUGAAAUAACCUUUCAGUUACACUCACUGAGAACUUUCUCAUGAUGCAGGAAAAAAAUGUAAAUGUUUUUUUAAUCAGUAAAAGACUUUAUAUUCCC